AACGCCCAAACGCCACAUUUAUGUGUUUAUUUUUUUAAAAAUUCCGUUUUAAUUCUAUAGUUAAUUUAUUCGUAUUUUUCCUCAUUAAAAUUCACGCAAUUUCCAUUGAAAAUACCCGUGUAUUGUCUCUUACAAUCAGUAGCAUUGAGCUUGAGUGAAGUAUUCAGUGUGAAGAGAACAGUGAUGGAAUCACUAAAGGAGUAGUUGCAAUUUUAUUCAACAAAACUCCUUUCCGGAGGCAGCUAAUGAUGAGGACAUGAGAAGAAGAUUGGAUUCAUUGGAAGAAGGAAUAAGUCCAACGGAAUCUUUAAUAUCUCAAGAUACAUUUGAUUUUAUCUUUCAACGAUUUAAUUCAUCUAAUACAAAUUUUAUGUUCGACAAAGAGAACCAAUUGAAUUAUUCAGAGAAACAAGAGGAUUGCGAAAGGAACCAUCUCACAUCAGGAUCAAUCUCCAACCUUAGAGAUACAUCAAAGAGUCUAAAUAAUCGCCUUGAAGCGCUACCUUAUAUCGAUCAGAAUCUCAAUUCUCCAAUCAGCAGCACAGAAGAAAGAAUUUGCGAAGAAAUGAGCACAGAAAGUACUUCAACACAUUCCACGGUUCGUCUUGAGAAAUUAUCAGCUUUUGUUGAUUCAAUAGGUAGUUGGGAGGAUGAACUACUAAUAAGGAGAAAUGGUGAUGCUGAAAAACAGGAUACUUCACCUCUAAAGAGUACACCUCUUAAGAAAUAUCCUGCUCCUCUACCACCGCAAAUUCCUCCGAAUAUCCCUCCCCAGACACACCGAAAGAUCAUACAAGAAGAUGGAGAUUUCAUAAGAAGACCUUCUGUGAAGAAAGUACGUGCACCAGACAUCCCUCCUAAGCUCCCUCCACGUGAAUGUCAUCAAGAAAAGAAGGAAAAUCUACCAAUUGCUGCUAAAUCUCCUGUAAAAGGAUCAAAAGAUCCCGCUGAAAUGUCCCUCAAGGAACGUCUUGCACUGUUUGAGCGCAACCGCAGAGCCACGAAGAGUGCAUUGGAUUCAUGUGAAAAACCACCUCUACCCAAGAAACCAGAAAAUAUUUCCUCAGGAGGUAUUAGAGAUAAAAUUGCCACACUGUUUUCAUCAUCAAACAAUGAAGAGAGAAAUAAGGAUAUUGAAUGUGUUCUAAAUCGUCAUGGGAUACGAAAACCUUCCCAUGAGAAUGCCAUUGAAUCCGUGAUGAGGCCUCUUUUGCCACCACCAGCUCCUCCAUCGGUGAUAUCACCAGGAAAAAGAAAGAGUGGAGAAGCUGAAUGUAUUGAAAUGGUACCAAUUGUGGAGGAACCAAAACGAUCCAAAACUAACCAGAAGCAGGAGCAUUUGAUGGAACUUCAAGUAAAUAAUCUGGAACGUUCACUAAAUCCUCCACCAAAACCCAAUCAAGGAGAAGUCAGAACCACAGGAGGAGCAACUACUGCCUACCCACGAAGAGCAAUCUCAUUCGAUGAAGACAGCAGCUUUAUGUCAACAGAAGAAGAAUUUUAUUGUGAGAAUAUGCAGAAGGAAUGCAAAGCGAAUGGCACACAGAGCGUACUAAAAAGUCUCCUUGAAAGUUCUUAUGGGUUUGCUGACAAUUAUUCCGAUAGCAGUGCAAGUAAUUUAUCUGAAGACGAUGAUGAGGGAAUUUACGAAAAAAGAGACAGAGGAUCAAUUUCUUCAGAUAGCUUUCUCUAUCGACGUAGUCCGAUAAAAUCAAAAAUUCCCGAAAUACGUGAGGAAGAUCUUGAGGAAAGUUCCAGUGAAGAUGCUUCCGUGCUGUUGCACAGUGUUAGUUUCUACCGGAAGCAACAAAAAGGAAGUCAAAUGAAUCAACAAAAGGCAACCACCUCAAAAUAUCAAGACUCCUUUCCCCCACUACUGGAGAUGAAUGGCCAACAAUCUCAAUUCGAUGAAAAUGAGAAGUUAAUGCAGGAAAAAAUUAAGAAAUUAAAAGGUGAAAUUCACAAAGAGCAACAAAUAAUCUCCCAGACAAGCCGAGCAUUGAAUCUCUGUGCUGCAACUGUGGAAUUUAGUGGAUCAACUGAAGCAGUUGAGGGAGAACGACACCUCCUUGUGGCUACGCAUCGUCGUCUGGGUGCUCUAAAUGAACUUCAACGUAUAAAUGUGGAGAAGAGUCUCCAUCCGAGGGAUUCUCCUCCCGAAAGAGGAAGUAUCAGGGUUACAGGGAUAACAUUGCCUCUGGCACAGAACUACAUCCGUGAAAUGGCAACAAAUACAAUACCAGGACAUCAUUUGCUUUGCCUCCUCAAGUACAAUGAACACGUUCUGGCCACACAAACCAUUGUCACCCUCCCAGGGUUGGUUGCUGUGAAAUUUGCUGAUGAACUAACAUUACCCGAAGUUUAUGAAGACUUCAAAGUCACCUUUGAGGUGUACGGAAUGGCAGCACAACGAGAAGUUCUUCCGCAUGAGCUGAAGUAUCACAUCUUGGGCAAGAAGAUUCCAACAAGUGGGAAAAAAUUCAUAGGUGGAACGCCCCUGAAGCGUCUACGGAAACCAAUGGUGGAAUCUCCAGCUGGACCACUUGCUGUGAGAACACCAGCCUUCAUCCCCUAUGGCUACGUCGUCUUCACCAUGAAGGAAUCCCAGAGACGCAGCACGUGGGCACUAAAUCGCUCAACAAUGCUCCCCGAUCCACUUGAGGGUGUUGUUCACAUGAAAAUAUCAUGCCAAUUGGAGCGAACCCUCGAGUAUCGGGGCUUCCUCACCAUGUUCAACGACGUGUCCGGAUUCGGGGCAUGGCAUCGGCGAUGGUGCCUCCUAAGUGGUACAACACUUACUUAUUGGAAGUAUCCAGAUGAUGAGGGAAAGUGUGAACCAAUUGGAUGGAUUGAUUUAAAAAUGUGCGGAGCAACAAGAAUUGGUCCUGUACCACGAGACAUCUGUGCCAGACUCAAUACUCUUCUUUUGGAAAUUGAGCGCCCCCGUAAGGAAGCAGACAAGGAAUCUCUCGUCCUUAUAUGCCGUGGCAAUAGGACUAUUGUUAGACAUCUGUUGUCAACGGAUACGAGGGAUGAUCGUGAGGAAUGGUGCAGAAAUCUUAAUCACAUUCUCACAUUGAUAAAAUGCUGGGGAUCACCCAAAUGAGAUAUUUCCCACAAGAUAUUUUACUCUCUAUCUAUUCUUAUCAGAAAAAUUACCCUUUUUUUUUUGUCAAAAAUGUAAUUUCUUUCACCGCAAAAAAAACUGUUGAACUGCACACACUUGAGUGGGUGGAGAUUAAAAGAAAGACGUCUUCAUUGAUAAAAUAAAUUUUGAUAAAAACAAA